GAAAAUAAUUUGGCGACACUUGUUGGCAGUAUGACUGAGAACGGUUGACUUCAGCUAUCGAUUACAACUUCCCGAGGUUUUAUUUGUUGUGGAAUGACUGAUGAUUUCCAAACGAAAUGUUAGAGUUUGUUUUACCAUUGUUUCUUGGCUUUUUGGCGCUCUACUUACUCAGCGUGCGAUUCGGGAGAACAAGGAGAGAUGGGGAGCCUCCACUUAUAAAUGGUUGGAUUCCAUUCCUUGGGAAGGCUUUGGAGUUUGGGAAGAAUGCACAUGGAUUUCUGGCAGCACACAAGGAGAAACAUGGAGAUGUAUUUACUGUGCUGAUUGCUGGCAAAUACAUGACCUUCAUAAUGAAUCCGUUGCUGUAUCCGUAUGUCAUCAAACAUCAAAAACAGCUGGACUUCCAUGAGUUUUUUGACCAAGUGGCCCCCUUGACGUUCGGCUUCCCCCCUGUCAGAAGCGGCAAGUUCCCCGGUAUGGGCGAGCACGUCCAGAGGUCCUUCCGUCUUCUACAGGGCGAGAACCUCAAUAACCUGACAGAGACCAUGAUGGGAAAUCUCAUGCUUGUGUUCCGACAAGACUACCUUACUGGGGAGAGCGAGUGGAGGACUGAAAGUGUGUACCAACUCUGCAAUUCGAUCAUGUUUGAGGCUACUUUCCUGACCCUGUUUGGCAAGCCUGCCCAUACCAGCAGACACAGCGGAAUGGUGACGCUUCGAGAGGACUUUGUCAAGUUCGACACCAUGUUUCCCCUCCUCAUUGCCAGGAUCCCCAUCUCUCUGCUGGGAGGAACCAAGGCCAUCCGGGAUAAACUGAUCAGCUACUUCCACCCUCAGAGAAUGUCUCGAUGGUCCAACACCUCAGGGUUCAUAAAGGAAAGAGCAGCACUGUUUGAACAGUAUGACUCCAUGGGAGAUGUGGAUAAAGCAGGUAAACACAGUUGAUAUACUGUAGCACCUGGCUGUCCUUUUUUAUACAUUUCUAUGCAAUACUUUAUCUUACUUGCUAAAUUUGACAACCGGUAUGUAAACCUACUGUAUCUCAGUAACACUUAACCUUACCUUUACUAUAUGCCCUUAUACAUUCACAGUAAUAACUGACAUAAACACAUUGUAUUACUAUGUAGAUGCUUUUCUCUCUGUAUACAGCUACAACAUAAAAUGUUCUACUUGGACUUCACAAGGACAUUCCAAACCUCAGUUGUAACUCUUACCGAGUAACUCUGGGUAUGUCUUGCCCAGUACCCUGCCCUGAGUCACUGUUGCUAGCCGGCUACCACUCGGUACUCUACUCUGCACCUUGGAGACUGCUGCCCUAUCUACAGUUGAAGUCGGAUGUUUACAUACACCUUAGCCAAAUACAUUUAAACUCCGUUUUUCACAAUUCCUGACAAUUAAUCCUAGUAAAAGAAUCUCUGUCUUAAGUCAGUUAGGAUCACCACUUUAUUUUAAGAAUGUGAAAUGUCAGAAAAAUAGUAGAGUGAUUUAUUUAUUUCAGCUUUUAUUUAUUUCAUCACAUUCCCAGUGGGUCAGAAGUUUACAUACACUCAAUUAGUAUUUGGUAUCAUUGCCUUUAAAUUGUUUAACGUGGGUCAAACGUUUCGGGUAGCCUUCCACAAGCUUCCCACAAUAAGUUGGGUGAAUUUUGGCCCAUUCCUCCUGACAGAGCUGGUGUAACUGAGUCAGGUUUGUAGGUCUCCUUGCUCGCACAUACUUUUUCAGUUCUGCCCACAUAUUUCCUUAUAAUUGAGCUCGGGGCUUUGUGAUGGCCACUCCAAUACCUUGACUUUGUUGUCCUUAAGCCAUUUUGCCACAACUUUGGAAGUAUGCUUGGGGUCAUUGUCCAUUUGGAAGACCCAUUUGCAACCAAACUUUAACUUCCUGAUUGAUGUCUUGAGAUGUAGCUUCAAUAUAUCCACAUAGUUUCCAACCUCAUGAUGCCAUCUAUUUUGUGAAGUGCACCAGUCCCUCCUGCAGCAAAGCACCCCCACAACAUGAUGGUGCCUCUCCAGUGCCUCACGGUUGGGAUGGUGUUCUUCGGCUUGCAAGCCUCCCUCUUUUUCCUCCAAACAUGAUGAUGGUCAUUAUGGCCAAACAGUUCUAAUUUUGUUUCACCAGACCAGAGGACAUUUCUCCAAAAAGUACGAUCUUUGUCCCCAUGUGUAGUUGCAAACCGUGGUCUUGCUUUUUCUGGGGCGGUUUUGGAGCAGUGCGUACUAUUGUUUGUACAGAUGAACGUGGUACCUUCAGGCGUUUGGAAAUUGCUCCCAAGGAUAAACCAGACUUGUGGAGGUCUACAAUUGUGUUUCGGAGGUCUUGGCAGAUUUCUUUUGGUUUUCCCAUGUUCUCAAGCAAAGAGGCAGAGUUUGAAGGUAGGCCUUGAAAUACAUCCACAGGUACACCUCCGAUUGACUCAAAUGAUGUCAGUUAGCCUAUCAGAAGCUUCUAAAGCCAUAACAUCAUUUUCUGGAAUUUUCCAAGCUGUUUAAAUGCACAGUCAACAUAGUGUAUGUAAACUUCUGACCCUCUGGAAUUGUGAUACAGUGAAAUAAUCUGUCUGUAAACAAUUGUUGGAGAAAUUACUUGUCACGCACAAAGUAGAUGUCCUAACCGACUUGCCAAAACUAUAGUUAACAAGAAAUUUGAGGAGUGGUUGAAAAACGAGUUUUAAUGACUCCAACCUAAGUUUAUGUAAACUUCCGACUUCAACUGUAAGUGAUUUGGGCCAUAAACGGUUCCUCCCCUUAUCAGUACUGCCACAUGUGACUGUUUCCCCUGCACUCAGCCCCUCCCAAGCUUCAUUAUGGCACCCCUCAUGUCUUUAUUAUAACUAAUGAUUAUUGUUAUAUUAUUAGUUUAAGAUCAGAAAUCCAAACCCAUCAACAUGAUUCCAUUUGUGUUAUUUCAUAGUUUUGAUGUCUUCACUAUUAUUCUACAAUGUAGAAAAUAGUCAAAUUAAAGAAAACCCCUGGAAUGAG